GAAAUUGUCGUCCGCUGUUGAAAAAUAAAACCCAAUUAAUAAUGCAAAAAGUUAUGUUUUCAAUAAACCCAAAAUAAUUCGCCAACCAAAAGAGUUUUCUUUCUCUUCCAAUAAUUUUCUUUUAUUCUCUCUAUAUAUUUCUGUUUCUAUCCGUUUUGUUUAUCUGAAUUCAAUUUUAUAGAUAACAGACACAACAAAGUUUUUUAUCUUUUUCUUUAUUUCUUGUUUGUAAGCAUUAUCUAAAGGGAUUGUGCUUUUGGAUAGCUCAUGAAUUCAAGUGCACAGGUCCUCUUGAGUAGAUGAAUAGGUGCUUAAAGUGCAGAAAAUGGCGUUGGUGACCCAUCAAAUGCAGGGUUCUUAUACAACAUUUCCAUUGAGGCCAUUCUCAUGGACCAAAGGGUUCAAAUUGAAGCAACAUGUAUCUACGCUCCACAUGUUUGGAAGAAUAGAUAGGCGUAUCUCAGUUAAGCGUAAUCUCCGUUUAAGUGUAGGGGCUUGUGUUCAUGGACCCAGAACAAAAUUUUUUAAAAUUUCAGCCUUUAAAGGUACUGCACAAAAUGAUGAAUCACGAAACAGGGCAAAUGGGUCUAAAAUUUCCCAUAAAUCUGUUAAGCUUUCUUAUGCACAAAAGGAAAGUGGGGAGACCAUAAUGGAGUCCCCAAAGGUACACAGUGUUCCAGUUUCCUAUACCUCUGAAGCAAACGAGGGAUUUAAUGGAUCUCCUGCUAUUCAUAAAUUAUUCAAGAAAUGGUUGAACAUGCUGCGCACACAGUCGCCAAAUCAAGUAGCAGAUGAAAUUUUGGGGGAAGGAAUUCCUUCAAGUGAAGGAUCAGAACAAACUCAGACUGCUGCUCAAACAAAGGAAAGUGGCGAGAUUCUAAAGACAGUUUGGUCUCACUUUCUGGGACUGGAUACAACAAUAAAGAUACCCUUAAUGGUUUUCAUCCCUUUGUACCUGGCAGUCAAUGUGGUUUAUGGGGUCGAAGUGUCAAAAGAGUUGACUCCUCUGUGGAUUUUGGGGCCACUGAUUGUUGCACUCUACAUCAAGAUGCUCCGCGUAUUGUGGGCACUUUAUGUCUUCAGCUUUAGGCAGACGGUCAAACUGGUAAAGAACUUACCUACGUACUAUUUAGUGGCCUCUAGCUACAUAACUCGGGGGAGGCUCAAGGAAGAUGUACAUGCUCGUGUAGUCCAACCAGUGAUAAACAUUAAGAACUUAGACUAUAAAGAGUUAUCAAGGAAAAAGUUGAAGGAAUUUGAAGAAUGGCUCUUGGACAAGUACUUCGAUUAUGUGGAGUCCAUAUGGCCCUACUAUUGCAGGACGAUCAGAUUUUUAAAGAGGGCUAAUCUGAUUUAAAUUGGUGACAUUAAAAUUAUAGGUGAAGCCAAAGUGUUGAAGUUAGGUUACUUUGGAAAACGUUUCAGGAGGUUGAGAUUUUUGAAAUAGAGCUGGCAAACCCCAUUUUAGAAUUGGGGGUCUUCUCAUGUAUUCAGGCAAGUCAAGGAUCACGACAGAAAUCAGAUUUUUCAGAUUCUGUAAUUUUGUAGGGCAUUCCUGCACAAGAUUCCUAUCAUCUUGUUUCUUUUUGUAUCAUGUUCUUUGAGGUUCCAUAAAGCCAUGGAAGUGUUUCAACUCUUAUUUGAGUUAUUAAUGGGCAUUUGUAUUUUGACA